AUGACGCGUGGCAAUCAACGCGAUCUUGCGCGUGAAAGAAAUGUAAAAAACCAAAAAGGUAAAAAUGUUGCGUCUGCUGAACAGGAGGCCAAUAAAGGUUUGUCAUUACAAGAACGUCAAGCACGUGAUGCAGCAAAAAUGCGAGAAAAACAAUUAUCAGCUCAACAAAAAAAGGCAGGCGGAGAUAAUGAUGGGGGUAAUAAUAAUGCAUCUGGUGGAGCAGGAGCAACGGCAUCAGCUCGUUAA